CUACGCGGCAGUGUUAACUGAAACAGAAGCGAUUGUUGUGAAAACUUUACAGUGCAGUGUGCUGGAUAUUAGGUAGUUUGUUUGUGAAUUGGACGAGUGAAGGAAAAUAUAAGAUGAGUUAUACAAGUGUGCCAACUGGAAAGAAGUGCACGUGAAUGUUCGAAAAAGUAGUGAGUGUUUGCGGGUUCUGGGACACGCCAUGUUCACCGGCAUUCGGCAGUGGUCGACGCAGUUCGAUAACACGACCUUGGAGCCCAGUGACGUCACAACAUGGCGCCCACCUUGGCUCUGCCACUUGGACAACUCCACGCUGGACUGUGGGGUUGGGGAGGGAGCGGGACUGUUGUGCCAACCAACAGCAGGAAGACAUCUCGACUGUACAGGAGACAGUAUGGACCAAGUUUUACAUCUAGUGCUAGUUCCUGGGUUGAAUUUGUCCAAAUUGUGGUUGUACCUGCCUGCGAUAAACUCUUCUCAUGUACAUUGUGAUCUCAACGACCCCGGGGAUUAUACGUGUUAUUGGGACAACUACUCGGGGUCUGGGGCCAACCCGCAUUACGAAUGGAGUUUCUUGUUCGUCCUAGUCUUCAUAGUUGCUGGUGGUAUUGGCAACAUUUUGGUGUGUCUCGCAGUAUGUUUAGACAGAAGGUUACAAAAUGUUACCAACUACUUCUUGCUCUCGCUUGCCAUCGCUGAUCUGCUGGUCAGCCUCUUCGUCAUGCCUUUGGGAGCGAUUCCUGGAUUUUUAGGGUACUGGCCGUUGGGCGUGGUGUGGUGCAACGUUUACGUGACCUGCGACGUGUUGGCGUGUUCCUCCAGCAUCAUGCACAUGUGCUUCAUCAGUCUAGGCAGGUACCUCGGGAUCCGCAACCCACUCAAGACCCGCCACACGUACUCUACCAAAAGACUGGUUGGUAUCAAGAUAGCUCUCGUCUGGGCGCUCUCGAUGCUGGUGUCCAGUUCUAUCACAUUACUAGGUCUGCACGAUCCUCUCAACAUAAUGCCGGAGCCACAAGUCUGCGCCAUUAACAACCGCACGUUCUGGGUGUUCGGCUCUCUCGUGGCCUUCUACAUCCCCAUGGUCACGAUGGUGGUGACGUACGCCCUCACAGUCCAGCUGCUGAGACGGAAAGCACGCUUUGUGGCCCAGCAGCCCGGAGAAGACUCUGAACUCUUCAGGAGACUCGGAGGCCGCUUCCAGAAGACGCCUGACAGACAUCAACGCUCCAUGAGCACCUCACACAAGCUGAUCUACAAGACUCCGGGACAGUCGGAUAGCAACCGACACUCCAACUCCAUGAGAGCAAUGAGCAGCUCCCAGCCGGCUCUGAGCUAUGCCAACGGAGGUGGAGCUAGGGGUGAAAUGGGAUCCGUGGACCAAGGGACUCAGACACCCGACAACAUCAGUCGAGAGACCCGCCAUAGUCGGCCUAGGACACUCCGGCUCCCGCUAAAUGUAGCGCCUACAGCCCUCAACCUCAGGUUCCUGGGCAACCGGAGCAAGCGGCAAUCGUUGGCGGCCAACGCAGUCGCCACAGAGCAGAAGGCCUCCAAGGUCCUGGGGCUGGUGUUCUUCACCUUCGUCUUCUGCUGGGCGCCGUUCUUCGUCCUGAACAUCCUUUUCGCCGCGUGUCCUGAGUGUCCUGUGCCUGAACACGUGGUCAACAUAUGCCUGUGGCUUGGCUACGUCAGCUCCACCAUCAACCCAAUCAUCUACACAAUCUUCAACAGGACUUUUAGAAACGCAUUUAUCAGGUUACUGAAGUGCCAUUGCAGCAGACUCGGAAGAUCUUCGAGGUUCAGGUCCAUGAACGAACAUCGUGUAACGACUCCAUCCUCGGCUAUUUCCGGAGCGGCUGCGCUUCCUCUGUCUCUGUCACUCCAGGCGACUCCCCUCAUCACCCCAUCCCCUGGCUCGUGGUCAACCCCUUCCCCUUCCACAGCCAUCUCCGCGGUGGCCACACUUCCCCUUUCUCUCAUCUCCCCAGCCACCAACAACUCCUUCAUGGUCAGUCGGAGCACCUCCAGCAACUACCAGGAGUCACUAAACUUCAAUGAGACUUUCUAAACAGGGUACUUCUUCCAAUAAUCAGCUGUAGAUAUCAAAGUAAACAUCUAUAAAAGUCCAUGUUGGUAAGUCAGGAUUGGAAUCAGAAAGUGCACUGUCGUUGAAUUUACUUUUUGGGUUUUUAAAGUGACUGUGAGGAGGCAGUAAUCCAUCAGUUGUCUUUUUGAAUUGUAAUUUAAAUUAAGUAAUUGCAGACAUAUAAUUUCGCCUUUUGUGGAGCAGAAGCUUUCUUUUAAAAUUUGACGUACAUUAUCAAAUCAUUACAUCGUUGACAUUGGUGAUAGAUGUCUACUUUGUAUCUAUGACUAUUGGUACUUACAGUCUGAAUUUCGUAAUAACCCUUUCCCAGAGUGAUAAGGUUGUAUAGAAAAUGAGGUAGAUUAUUAAUACUACGAUUACAAAUAGUUUUCUAUGAAAUACUCCAUCAGUGUGUUAGACCUAAAUGAAACUUUAAAUUGUGUAUAUAACAUUGGUUUAAACCUAUCAAGUUUAGUUUGUACAUACGAAUAACAAUACUUGGAACACUACUUAAAAGAGUAAGACGCUACCCACUAGGCACUAUUGCACUAAAUUUGGGUACAUUUGUUGCCCAAACUGCUUUCAAAAUAUUUAAAGCAGAGCCCUGCAACAAUUACAAAACUCGAUACAAAGAAAAACACAUGUUCUCGAAACUCAAUUUUUGCAGUGAAGUUGUAGUAAUUAAAUUAGCUUGUUAACUCGACCAAUUUCAAGUACGUAUUGUUUGCACUGUAAAACACAAGUGGGUUGAAAACUAUUCAGCAUCGUUGUAACUAUUAAUAAUCUACCUCUGGGAUCCACACUGCGUACUAUAUAUUGUCUGUAUAGUUUCAAAUACGUUUUUAAA